AUGUUCUACAAGGCUGGCCAGCUCUGGAAUUACCGCUUCCAACGAAAAAUCCGAGUAUUAUCGAAGAAAUGUGGGUUUUUUCUAGAGAAACACUGUUUCAAUUGAAAUUUUUGUGUUUUCAGGGACGAAAACGAUUUUAAACGUGAGAAGAACGAUUAUAUAUUGGUUGAAUUUGAAGCAACUUUUUUUUAUUACUGGAUGUUUUACUCAAAAAUCGAUGGAAAAUGGGUUUUGGGUAAGAUUUUGCUGUGAACCUCUGAAAAACAGCUAGAAACUUGUUGUGAGACCCAUGAAAAAUUAAAAUUCUCAAUAUUUCAGCUUGAAGUAUCGAUGGACAAUUGGAUUUCAAUGGCAAUAACUUGGAAAACUUGGAAGAUUUCGGAUUUCGCAAGGAUUUGA